AUGUUGCUCUCCUUAUCGACCCGAUCAAGCCUCGCUCGAUCCGCCCGAUCAUACGCCCAUCAAGCCGCGGCUCCCUUAACGAUCACUGCCAACCAAGCGGCCACCGCACAAACCGUCCUCACCACUCCGGCUGACAACAAGCUCACCGGCUCCAUCUCCGUCUUCAUCAAGGCUGGCAGUCGAUAUCAACCCUCUCAUGGCCUCGCCCAUCUGCUCAAAAACUCCGUCUUCAAAUCCACCCAAAAAAGAAGCGCGCUUAGCUUGGUCAGGGAGACCGAACUCCUCGGUGGCAUCCUCACUUCCUCUCUCACUCGUGAACAUUUAAUCCUCAGUGCCGAGUUCCUAAAAGGAAACGAAGGAUAUUUUGCGGAAGUGUUAGGAGAUGUGAUCAGUUGCUCGAAGUUUACAAGGCACGAAUUCCACGAAGAAGCCUUACCGGGCGCGCAAGCGGAAUACGAGCAAGCGCAAACGGAUGGAAGCAUAGUAGCGCUUGAGCAAGCGCAUCAAGUAGCGUUUCGACAAGGGCUGGGGAACCCGUUACUGAUGGAUCCGAAGAUGGGCGGGAGUCAGGAAGCGAUGGAGGAGUAUGGGCGCCAGAGAUUUGGACGGGCUCGGGAGCAGACGAUUGUUGGGACGGGGAUCGAGGGGGGGAGACUGACGGAGCUAGUUGAGCAGUUCUUUGGGAGCUCUUCAGGGGAGGGAUCUGCGCCCAGUCCGAAGUCGAGCUACCAUGGCGGGGAGGCCCGGAUCACGCGCGGGGAGGAGGGAUCGGGCCGAUUGGUGAUCGGCUUCAAGGGCAGCCCUGCCCCGGAAUACACGGUCCUCCAACACCUCCUAGGCUCCGAGCCGGCGUCGAUCAAAUGGGCCGCCGGAUCCGGCCCGCUUGCCGGUCUGCCCGUCAGAGCCUUCAACCUCGGCUACUCCGACAUCGCCCUCUUCGGCUUCCUCGUCUCCGCCCCCGCCAACCAGACCCGCUCCGUCGCCCAGAAUGCUCUCCGACAGCUCCGCCAAAUCGCCACCGGUAACUCGGUCGAUCAUGAGGCCGUCAAGAGAGCCGCACUCAAGGCGCAGUUCUUGGUCGCUAGUCACUUGGAAAACAAUCUCCUUCGGACCGAACUCUUGGGCACUCAGGCCCUCGGCUCGCCGAAGUCGGCCUCCCAACUCUCUGAUCUGUACUCGUCUUAUGCCCAAGUGACGGCCGACCAAGUCGUCAAAGCGGCAAAGGACCUUCUGGAUAGUCCGCCGACAACCGUCGCCGUCGGUAACACCCAGGAAUUGCCGUACUUCGACCAGCUCGAAUUCUAAUCUUCCUUUUCGUUCAAUCUUCAUUACCUCCCUCCCUUUUUUUUUUCUUCUUUUCUUUUUUCGAAAUAUAUAA